AUAAAAUACCAAAUAAAAAAAAAUUCCUAAAAAAAUGGAACUGAAUAAUAUUUCCAGAUAAACCCUAAUCUCAAUUUCAGGGGUUGAAUCCAUUGAUUCUCCAAAUUGGCGGCAAAAUCUGUAAGUUCGACUGAAUUCCGAAUCAUAACUUCACAUUUUGAUUCUCGAGCUCGACCGAAUUGAAUUCUUCAUUUUGAUUAUUUUGCGUCCCCAAUUCCAACGCACUCAAUGCUAUUCCGAAGGAUCUGUUGCUCCAUUUCCAAAUCCUAUCACAACCCAUUUUCCCUCUCCCCAAUACUGACGAACCCUUCUGUCAAUCCUUACUCUUAUUCAAUAUAUUCGCCCGAAUUGAAAACCCUAAGAUUAGCGUCGCGAAGAACAAUUUCCGCAACUCCAAACAGUCUUGUUUCAGAAAGCUCCACAAAUUCAAAGAUGGAGGACUCCAGGAGACCCCCGGUGGUCCCCAUUCCGCACCCUGAUUCUGCGGGCCGGGCCGAAGUUUUCCGGGCCCUCGAAGCCUCUUUGGGGUCAUCAUUCAGCUCCCAACCCAUAAUCCCGAACCCUAACCCUCUGAUAAUCGUGAUUAGUGGUCCUAGUGGUGUGGGAAAGGAUUCUGUGAUUAACAGGUUGAGGGAAGUUAGGGAGGAUUUGCAUUUUGUGGUCACGGCUACUAGCCGGCCGAAAAGGGAGGGAGAAGUUGAUGGUAAAGAUUACUAUUUUAUGAGUAAGGAGGAGUUUCUGUCGUUGAUUGAGAAAAAUGAGCUGUUGGAGUAUGCAUUGGUGUAUGGUGAUUAUAAGGGUGUGCCGAAGCAGCAGAUUAGGGAUUAUAUGGAGAAAGGGUAUGACGUCGUGUUGAGGGUGGAUAUACAGGGCGCCGCUUAUCUGAGGAGGAUCUUGAGAGAUAAUGCUGUUUUUGUGUUUUUGGUGGCCGAGAGUGAGGAGGCGCUAGUGAAGAGAUUGAUCGGUAGGAAGACUGAGUCGGUGGAGGCCUUGCUGAUGAGAGUUGCAUCGGCUAAAGAGGAGCUGAAGCAUUUGAAGGAGUUUGAUUAUGUGGUUGUGAAUAAGGAGGGCGAGCUGGAGAGUUCGGUUAAGUUGAUGGAAUCCAUCAUUGAUGCUGAGAAGGCGAAGGUGCACCAGCGUAGAGCAGCGGUUUAGAGAUGCUCGACUGGAAUUUGGCGAUUUUAGGCGAUGAAGGUUGUGUCUUUUGAUGGAGCUAACAGUUUUGAGAAAAUAAAGGGACAAUUUUGCAGUUCUCUAAUCUGGGAUUAUCUUCUUGCUAUAUCAACUUCAUCAUGGAAAUGCGCGGUUUCAAAAGGGAACACUUACCGACCAUAGAAAAAGGGGGAAAAACGCCUAGACGACUCAUGACAACAUGGAACUGUAAGCUUUCUGAUGCAUUAGAUUUACAGUUCUUCAAGAAUAAAGUAGUUAUUGAUGCUGGGAUUUCCCCUUCCUUUUGUAUGCUUCAAAUUGUGCAAAGGUGUAUGACUUUGAAAGAGAUCAUCAAAACAAGAAAACUGUGAGUAAAUUUGAUGCCUUCUGAGUUUUACUGCAACUCUUACUUUGUUAUGAAAUUGCAUGUUUUUGAGUUGG